AUGGAGUCGUCGGGAUCACAAGACAAAAAACCUGUCCCCAAAUUCUCCAGCUUCAAGCCCCCGCCAGCUCCUUCGGAAGCUGAGCGCCGGCCUCGAACGGAACGCCGUCAUGAGCACCAAAGCCGCUCUCCUCGGCGAUCCACAGACAGAGUCAGACGCCGCUCUCCCAGUCGUCGCCCUCAACCCACGCGUCACACUCGCGACUACCCCUUCCGAGACCGUCCAGCCUCCCGUGAACAUGAGAUAACUCGCGAUCGCAAGUCACGUCGCCACACUAGCGUUGACCAGGAUCGGUCACACCCACCAGUUGCCGAAGAUGUAUCCAACGAGCUUUCUCAAUUGACCGAUGAUCAACUUUUCGUCGUCGAUAGAGAGGGCGACCGCUCUGUCUUCAAAUAUGGAACCGCGCAUCGCUAUGCCGUUCCCUCCUACCGUCGAAUUGGCUCAGGGCAGGUUCUGGGGCUGCCGCCUAAUUUGGUAAUCGAUCAAGAGGAGCCGGAAAGGGACCUGAUCAUCCUACGCGACAACAACACCGCGUCUGGAAAGCGCAAGUUUGCCGGACCUCUGUCAGGGCCUGUAAAGAAGACGACACAAAUCUACCGCCUCCAACGGGAUGCCAGUGCUCUCUCUGCUGAGGAAUUGAAUGACGAUUCCAUUCCCCUUGGUCUGCCUACUGAGAGGCAGCCUGGGUUUGAUACCGACUAUUCGGGCGAUUCCGACGAUGACCGUCUUGCCUACCGCUCUAUCCAUGGCAAAGCAAAGAUCGAAGACGUUCUUCCGAAGGGAAUGGAACUAGUCACUGACCAGGACAGCCAAUACGAUGCUCGUCAUGUUAGGAUUGAUGAGGACCGCCGAGCAUACAAUGCAGAGCUUUGGUCAUCCUUGAGCUCCAACCCUGAAGAUGUCUCAACAUGGCUUGAGCUCAUUGACCAUCAGAAUGCUCUAAUUCUUGGUUAUGAAGAUGAUCGUCUCCUGACAUCCGCAGAACGCGUGAACCUGGCCGAUAUGAAACUCUCCCUAUACGACAUGGCCCUGGCCAAAUGUGGCAGCAAUGUUCAGACAGACCUGCUGUUGCUCGGUCGUCUUCGAGAAGGUGGCCAGCUCUGGGACAAGGAAAAGCUUUGGGACGAGUGGCGCAAGACCUUGGACAAGAAUCCCGAGUCCACUGCUCUUCAGUUGAAGUUUAUGGAUCUUCAACAAACGGACUUCCAAGACUUUUCCCUAAACAAGCACAGAUCGCUCUUGAUUGAGUGCAUGAAACGGCUUGACGCUGCUCCGAAUGCUUCGCGCCACUCUCAGGUUCAGUGCUACCUGCUUUUGCGUCUAACCCUUUUGCUUCGCGAAGCUGGCUACACCGAACUUGCAGUUGGUUUAUGGCAGGCUGUACUUGAAUUCGUUUUCUUCCGACCUGACCCUCACCUUGAAGGGCAGCGCGAUACGGCUCUCCAGCAAUUUAGCGAAUUUUGGGAUUCUGAAGUCGCGCGUUUGGGCGAGUUUGGCGGAGAAGGCUGGCGAAGUGAGAAGAACACCAUGCCCGAUCCCGUCACUCGUGAACUUGAUGCCCAUAUCGACCUUCCAUCCGUCUUCCCAUCUUGGGCAAACUCUGAGAGAAAUCGCAUUCAGAAUCUCAAGAUGCCAGCCCGAAGUUUGGACAACCACGGAACCGAUGUGGACACUGCGUACUCGGUUGUUCUCGCACCUGACUUCCUUGAAAUCCUGCCUCCGUUUUGGCCCACGGCUGUAUCCGGAGAUAUGGUCAAUGCCUUCUUGUACUUCUGCCACUUGCCACCUCUGACUAGGCCUUCAGGUUCCCAGGGCACUCGAUUCUGGAGCGGCGACAACUUUUUGAGAAAUGAGGCCAUGGACACCGCACAACCGCAGCUCUCCGACUGGCUCCCGCCUGAGACUGACGACUUGCAAACUUCCAUUUCGCCAUUCUCAUUCCCGGUCAUCGACUUCUUACACACUACGAACACCUUGUUUGCUCCCGAAAACUGGUUUUACUCUCUUCGAUCAUGGCAGACCGCCACAGUUGGCAAGUCACACCCUCUCGAUACCGAAUGGGUGCGGCGGACCUUGCAAUCUUUGGCUGGACAUUUUGACCAAGAUGAUGAGUUUGCCGAGUAUGCCCUGGCUGUGGAAUUCGCUUGCGACCGCAAAGCAGCAGCGGAAUUCGCAAAACGCUUGUUGAAAACCCGCCGUUCCAGUGUCAAGCUUUACAAUAGCUUUGCUUUGAUGCAGUGCCGGUCAGGCGCACACAAGUCCGCCUUUAACGCAUGGUCCGCGACUAUCAACCAUGCGGGCUUCUCGAAACUGGAGUGUGGUCUUCUGUGGAGCACGUGGGCCUGGGAAAUGCUUGAGCAGGGCGACUUCGCAAGAUGCUCUUUUCUGCUGUAUUCUAUCCUAAAGGGAGAGGUUGACCUGACAGCAUUCCAUGCUGUGACUGAUUCCAAGGAAUACGGCCCUUUUGAAGAGAUCAAGCUGAAAAGGUACCUGCAACAAGCCGCUCAGCAAGCACUCGCCAACGCUCACUUACAUCUCUACCUGGCUUACACGGAUUGCAUUGCCCUCGCCCGGUAUAUCUCUGACAAGUCACUGGAUGGGCCCCUCGACGCUUACGUUUCCGCAACGUUGAGCUUGGGGAACCUACCACCUGAGCAGGACAAGUUCAAGGCUUUUGCCACCGAACUACUGCAUCAGGCACGUGGCAGGAUCAUUUACCUCCACGUCAGUCAGAAGAGGCAAUUCCGGCCAAGCCAGCUAGAGAUCCUGUUGCGAGAGAGCGUAUCACUGUUCCCCCACAACACCAUGUUCUUGGCCCUCUUCAUGUGGAAUGACUCGCGCUUUUCGAUGCUUGACCGAAUUCGCGAUCCAAUGACUCUUGUCAGAACCCAGCUCCGGAGCCGCUACGAGCUGGACGCCCAAACUAGUGUGUCGCCCAUCAUCCCGCAGAAGACACCAGUGACCAUUCACCUGUUCUCCAUUUACAUGGCACUGUGUCGUCCGACGUGGGCGGGUGGGAAUGUGCACUAUGUGCGGGCGGCAUUCGAAAGAGCCGUUGGUGAGCAGUCGGACUUGCCACGUCAUGCCCAUGGCAAGAGCGAGGUCCAGAGCUCUGGCGAUGACAGUGCAUCUGCAAACAUCACUGUCUGGAAGUUGUACAUCCUGUUUGAGCUCGAUCGAGCUCAGGACAUCAAGGCCGCAAAGGCCGUCUUCUACCGAGCGCUCCGCGCCUGCCCCUGGUCCAAGGAGCUGGUGAUGCUCGCCUUUGAGCGUCUCGGUGAAGAAGGUGUUCUGGGCUUCGACGAGCUCCGCGGGAUGUACAACAUCCUUAAUGAAAAGGAACUCCGGCUCCAUGUGAGCAUCGCCAAUGAGCUGGAGGAAGUGACCGUCAAGAGGGCGGAGGCUGAGGUUGAGGCUGAUGCCUGGCUGAAGGCAUUGGAAGAGGAGGUUGAGGGUGUGCGGGUGGAAUGA